CAUGUUUUUGACAGACCGCACACGGGCACACCUCGGUCUUCGUUCGUCUUUUCCAUUGCCAGAACGGGGUAAUCGAUGGUCCUCUCGUCUCCGUGCCCUACCCGGCUACCGCCUUUCUCCGCCGCGUCGCCGCCCUCCUUUCUACCUCUCACUCAGCCGCUCUAUCUCCCUCUCUAGCUGCCUCACGCCGUAUGUCGACACCCUAUCUCUAUCGCUCGCUUCCUCAUGCCCCAACUUCCGCCCUCUCCCGCCUCGAUGGAAAGCUGCAGGUCGCGAUGAGCUCUUGGCAUUGAAUUAGCUGAAGAUGCAGAAAAGUGGGAGAUAAAAAGAUUCAACCUCAUCAGUUAGAUGUGGCAUCAAUGAAGUCGAGCUUUUUACUCUAUUCUUCAAUGUUCUCUCACUACCAGUGAAUAAUAGUGAAAUUUCUAAUGUUGGAACCAAGAGGUGCUCAUCAACCAAUUAUCAUAUAUAGGCCAAUACUACCUUCUGAUCUUGAAGUCCUUGAGGAGAUCCAUGUAGCUUUAUUUCCUAUAAGGUAUGAAAGAGACUUCUUCCUCAGUGUGGUGCAAGGACAUGGAAUAGUCUCUUGGGCUGCUGUUGAUGUUAGCAGGUUGGAUGGCGGCCGUGAUAAACUAGUUGGAUUCGUCACAACACGUCUUAUGUCAGCAAGAGAAAGCGAGAUUUCAGAUUUGCUUAGGUAUAAUGCUUCAAGGCAAGAUCUAAUGCUAGUCUAUAUCUUGACACUUGGUGUGGUGGAGAAUUAUAGAAACCAUGGGAUCGCUACUUCGCUUGUUUGCGAGGUAAUCAAAUAUGCUUCAAGCAUCACAAAUUGUAGAGCAGUGUAUUUGCAUGUCAUUUCCUACAACUUGCCAGCCAUACAUUUCUAUGAGAAGAUGUCGUUUGCGUGCGUAAGACGGUUGCAGAAGUUUUAUUACAUUAAUGGCCAGCAUUAUGAUUCAUAUCUGUUUGUUUACUAUGUGAAUGGUGGCCAUUCUCUCUGCUCUCCAUUAAACAUUGUGGCAGCAGUGGCAGCUUACUUGAGAGACCUUUUUAAAGUGCUGGCUUCCAAGCUGUGGAGGAAACAAGAGAAGCAUAUUCCCAGAUAUCUCAAGUGUAAAGAAACAAGUAGCCUUCUGGUUGCUCAAAACAGAAGGAUCCUUGGCGCCGAUAAUUCUGCGUGUCAGAGUGUAUAGAUAGCCAUUUGAAUCAACCGAGGAUUUAAAAAGAUUCACUUGAUUUAUAUAACCUAUAAACAAUUAGACACAUACCAUCGAAUUUGUUUUCUGUAUAUUGAAAAUAAGCUUCCUCAUUUAAGUUUUCACAUGCCUUGUGGACCA